GUUUAAUCGAAGCAUCCGUAGCCUGCGCCUUGCGAGUUGACGCCGAGCAGACUACGUCACAGUGAAGUAUGUGCUCUCGAGUGUAGAAAAUGGCUGAGCUCUCCGCUACCCCGGGUCGGCGCGGAUGUAAAUACGGCCUAUGCCUCGGCUUAGGAUUGUUUAUCGCGAGAUUUAUCGGUGUAUUGGGAAUAACUUGCUACUGUGAAGGACACUGCCCAGACGGCCGACAAAACGGUACUUGCGAAGGAAGACCCGGUGGACAUUGUUUUAGCGCUGUAGAGGAAGUUUGGGAUGCUGAGAGUAAAGAAUAUAUUCCAGAAUGGUCCUUUGGAUGUUUGCCACCGGAUGAAGAGGGUUUCUUGCAAUGCAAGGGCUACCUUGUUCCACAUCUAGAAGGAAAAAACAUAAUUUGUUGCAACAAGACGGCUCAGUGUAACAAGGAAAUAUUUCCAGAGUAUAAAACUCGUCCUACACCAACACCAGAUCCAAUAGCUAUUGCCUCUGGAGCAUCUAUUAUCAUAUUAGCUGCUUCAUUAUCUGUGUGUUUAAUGAUUAUUUUCAUAGCAAUAGUGAUAAUAUAUCAUAGAUAUAGAAGAAAAGAAAGAGGCCCGUGUUUAGUACCUUCUCAAGGAACACUUAGAGAUUUUAUUGAUCAAAGUAGUGGAUCAGGCUCUGGACUACCUCUUUUAGUACAAAGAACUAUAGCUAAACAGUUGGCUUUAUCUCUGUGCGUUGGAAAAGGUAGAUACGGCGAAGUAUGGCUAGCACGAUGGAGAGGAGAAAAAGUGGCAGUAAAAGUCUUUUUCACUUUGGAAGAAGCAUCUUGGUUUCGUGAAACUGAAAUCUACCAGACCGUUCUAAUGAGACAUGAUAAUAUCUUAGGCUUCAUUGCCGCUGAUAUCAAAGGAACAGGAUCUUGGACUCAAAUGUUAUUAAUUACGGAUUACCAUGAAAGAGGUUCUUUACAUGAUUAUUUACAAACCACUGUGCUAGAUCAUGCAGAUCUAUUGGCUAUUUGUCUUUCCAUUGCCUCGGGCGUUGCUCACUUGCAUACUGAAAUUUUUGGAACUCGUGGAAAACCAGCCAUAGCUCAUAGAGAUAUCAAAAGCAGAAAUAUUUUAGUUAAAAGGAAUGGUGAAUGUGCAAUUGCUGAUUUUGGUUUAGCUGUACGUUUUAUAAGUGAAAGCGGAGAAAUCGAUAUUGCGCCUAAUACGCGAGUAGGAACCAGAAGAUACAUGGCUCCAGAAGUGCUAGAUGAAAGUUUGAACACAUCAUCGUUUGAUGCUUUUAAAAUGGCAGACAUGUACUCUGUAGGAUUAGUUUUAUGGGAAGCAUGUAGACGUUGUAUGACAGGUGGUAAAAAUUCUAUAGUGGAACCAUAUGCAUUACCUUAUCACGAUGUCGUCCCAAAUGAUCCAGAUUUUGAAGACAUGCGAUUAGCUGUAUGUGUAAAGCGUUUACGUCCUAUUAUCCCAGCAAGAUGGGAUAAUAAUCCAAUACUCUUUACAUUGAGUAAGCUAAUGGUAGAGUGUUGGCAUGCAAAUCCUGCUGUGCGUUUAACAGCACUUCGUGUUAAAAAGACAAUGUCAAAAUUACAUAUUGACAAUGCUAUUAAAAUUGUGUAGUGCUUGGUGCUUACUCAAAAAACUGUUAUUCUCGUCUCUUAGAUAAAAAAAAUAUGUUCUGCCCCUUGUAAAUAUACCCUUUGUGUACAUAGAACUAUUUACAGACUGCAGCCUGAAGACUGAGUACUAAAAUUUACAAAUACAUGAAGAUGGACAAGAAUGUGCGUGCAUUGCGUCUGCAUCUGCAGCUACGUGGAUGUGUGUGUUUCUGCGUGAAUGUGUGGUGAAUAAUAAUAUGAAUUUUCGAAUGUAAUUACAAAUAUGAUAUAUAUGGUUAUAUAGGGUGAGUAAAUUGUAAUUCACCCUGUAUAUAUAUAUAUAUAAAUAUACAUAAAUAAUUUUUUUCCGUGAAUCGCGCCAAAGUUAUGUUAAGUCAAAAUUCUGACGCGAUUCACUGUAUUAAAGUUGGUUAAGUAUCUAAUCAAUGAAGGCUACUACUUAUUAUUAGAUACAAAAAUAUUAUUAUUUCCACAAAGAUGUUCAUUUUAAAUAUGAAGGAAACUGUUCAUAUAUUUAGAAAUAGAUCUAGCAUAUAAUCAAAAUAAAAACAAAUAAUAUGAAACUCAUUUAAAGAUAUAUAAUUAGGAUAAAUAAUAUACAAAUCGCGUAUAUAAAAAUGCCUGUUCUUUUAUAUCUAUCUUAACUACUCUAAGAUAUUAUGAAACACUUCAGUACUUUCAAAAAAGAGUUCUAUAAAUAUUAGUAUUCUAAAAAAUUUUAUAAUUAUCUCCACUUUAAAUAUGUCAAUUUAUGCUAGUUCUGUUUCUGAAUACCUUUAGAGGUAAUUGCUUUUAUGGAGAUUAGUUAUGGUUAUUAUUGUGAAUAUUAUUAAAAAUUCUUAAAAAAUAUAAAAAACAAAAAUCGAUAUUAAAUAUUAUUAUUGAAAUAUGGAAGUACAAAAAAAAAGUUUAAUUAUUGUAUUUUUUAUGCCUCCGAUUGUUUAAUAUUGUUAUGACUUUUCUGUUAUUUGACACAAAACACGUCAUGUGAUUUAUUUUCUAUUUGCAUUGGUAUUUUAUUCUAUUGUAAUUAACAAGCAUCGACCACUGCAGGAUAGUAUAAAUUAUUAUUCCUUUAAAUGUAAUCGCAUAUUUUUUUUAGUAACUAUUAAUAUAAUACAAAAAUUUCAAUAUUGUACAAUGUAAACAAUGAGAAAGUACUUUAAAAGCUGAUAAUUUUACUGAUUCUACUGAUUCUUUAAAUUCUUCAAAAAUUUCUUUAGACAAUUACUAUGACUUUUGUAUUACCAUAGGUAAUUAUACUUUGACUUUUAAAAAAGCGAUAAAUUUAAAAAACUGAAUAAUAUAUCAGUUAAAAAAGUUAAUAUAUUGUAUAAUUGAAAUUGAUUGUUAUCAUCUUGUUUUAUAAGUUUCAAAUGCCAUAAACUAAUCUGUAUUAUCUGUACAGUAUAUAAUUUAGAUUUCUAAUUUGUACAAACAAGCAUGUUAAACCAAUAGCGAUGAAAAUAUUGCUAUAAUGUCAAAGAAUGAUUUUAAGUCUAUGGUUGUUAUACCAAAUUAAACUAUAAAAAGUCAUACUUGUGAAAGUAAACUAAUGCAUCUUGCGCUUAAAUUAUACAACGAUCAGUUUCUUGCUACUAAAUAUUUUUAUCUUACAUUUUGAGGUAAUGAGCAGCAUAGAACAAUUAUAAUCAGGUAUUAUAUAACUAUCUUUAUAGUGCAAUAAUCAUUGUUUUAUGUAAAAGAUAUUAUUUGUCAAAGUGAUAUAGUUUUUGCAUAUCUUUAUAAUAUCUAUUGCACUCAAUUGUAAAGAUUUAAUCAUGAAAAAGUUGUUACUAUAAUUUUAUAAACUAUAAAGCCAGACUUUUGGUCGUUGACUCAACAUUGUUAUGUUAUUAAAUAUGAUUCCCAUAUACUAUAAUAUGGGAAUAACUGUUGCAUAUUAUCUGAUAUCUUCUGUAGGAAGAUCAAUGUAAUUAUAUCAAAAAUUGUAGUUAUUAGCUAGUUGAUUGAAAGUAAUGAAAUUUAUAUUUUUAACAAGUAUUAAACAAUAUCAUCUUUUUCCAGAUA